ACUCACAUUGUAUAUGGUGUAUUUUGUUAGUUUUGAUGUGAUGGAACCAACAGGAGAUUCUAAUAGUAGGUCACGGGACAUUGCUUCAUGGCCUAGUGCCGGUUCUCAUUACAUGUUGGAGUGUAUAUUGAAGCAGUACAAGAGUGGUAAGAGUGGAGAUAAUGGACUGAAAAAGGAGCAGUUCAUUGAAAUUGCCAACCAACUGAAAGAGAAAUUAUCUACUAGUUACGACUGUGAACAAGUGAGAAACCACUUUCGGAUUUGGAAGCAAAGGCUUAGAGCAUUGAGUGACCUACAGAAGCAAAGUGGAUUGGGUUGGAAUGCAUCUGAUAUGAGAUUUGAUGCUCCUCAACACUUCUGGAAUGACUAUAGGAAAAAAGAACAAAAGUAUUGGAAGGAACAUAGUGUGCUCCCAAUUCACCUUGAAGUUGGAGCUUUGCUAAGGAAAGAGAUGGCAACUGGGAAUGAUUCAACAGUCCCCUCUGAAGCUGCCAUUGAAGUUAUGAUGGACGUGACAGGUACUCAGGUUGAGGGAAUAGGGAACAAUGAUGGUCUUAACUAUGAACCUAUUGAAGAAGAAGAAAGUGUUCCUUCCACUCCCAUUGGUAGUACCAUUCGUUCUCAAGGAAGACCUCGUGGGUCCGUCAAUAGUGGUAGAGAAAAGAGGAAGAAGGGUGCAGCUGAAAAGGUGGUAAGUCCAUUGAAAUCGAUUGCUAACUCAAUCGAAAAGAUGGUAAUGAGUGAAUCUCAGUCUGAAUUUGGGAGAGCAAUUAUAGAUACUGUUGAUGCUAUUCCAGACCUCAAUUUUCAACAAAAUUUUAAGGCCAAGGAAUAUUUCAUGGCCAAGAAGAAUUCUGCCAUUAUCUUCUUGGAAACAAGAGUAGAAGAUAGGCGAAAUCUACUUGAGAUGUACUUGCUAGAGAUUGAAAAGAAUUGAGGUGAUAAUAGGAAGUAUGAAGAAUUCGAAGACAAUGGUUUUUUGAAUAGAAAUUUGAUGUGUUUGGUUGAUGUAACUUGAUAUUAUGUUCAGUCUGUGACAGUAUUUUCUAUGCAGAUUUCAUCUCUUGAAAAUGUUUGUGUUAACUUACAGAUGACAUCGAAUGUAUCCGCUUGUGCUAUUGCGAAGUGUGAUUACUAUGGUAAAAAUUGUUCAAUUUUCACUUUUAAGUCAGGGUCAUAUGUUGGAAGGAAAUUUUUUAAAUGUUCAUUGAAUUGCCCCUUCUUCAUGUGGGUUGACCAUCUUAAGAUGUGUGAGUGUGGGAACAGUCAAUGUAAGGUCAAAACUAUGAAGGCAAAUGCAAAUUAUGGUCGAUAUUUUUGGUGUUGUCCACAAUCAACUGGGGUUGAAAACAAAGGUUGUGGAAUGUUCGAAUGGAUAUCAAAUUCAAGCCCAAGUUGUCAUACUUAUCAGACUCCACCUAGGUCACUAUGCUCGGAAACCUCAACUUCAUCAUCUCCUUCCCCUUCAUCAGACUAUAUCAAAG